GUGACGAGCAGCUGCUCCAGUGUCUCGAGGAGAAAAUCGCCAGCGGCCACAGCAUGGUCCAGCGGUUGAAACUCAUGGGCAAGAUCGACGGGAUCGACAAGCUGAUACGGAGGAUUCAGCAGGAGUUGAAAUUUCUGGAGAAGGCAAGAGAGACUAACUCAAUUUCGAUACAGAUACUAAGAAGGACUACGUCUCGAGUGAAUAUAUUAAUAAUGAUCUGGAAAUGAGCGAAGAUUUUAGAGUGCAAUUUACGGGAAACUUGAAAAAGAAACACCUGCAGAGCUCGAAUCUGACUCAUCUCGAUGCUAUGGUGACUCGACUGUCCUGUGCCAAGAAUCCCAUCAGCGUGAUAAGACCCUUCAAGUAUCAGAAAUCGCGUCUGGAGGUUGACAUAGUAUGUAACAGUGGUGCUUCAUGGGUGAAGGUUAUAGCGAGGAAUGCCAGAGCCUUAACUUUAAUAUCCCUGGGGAAUGGAGAAUAUGGACAAAAAUCUGUCCUGGACCAAGCCAACUCGUAUCUCGUAUGCAGCAAGUGUCACCUGCAUCGCUACAGGCCACCGGAUGUGAUAUUUCAUUUUGCUUACGGCGUAGAGGUUCCACUGGCCUCGCAGUUAGAGCAAAUGGGCAUUAUAGUGGAGGGAGACAGGAUAGAUACGAAUGAUGAGAAUUUAAACAAACAAGAUGAACUGGAUUUUUCCAAAGAAUCUACAAGCGAUUCCGAGACAGAUUUGGAUGUGAACCUGCAGUCAUUGAAUACAUCUGUAUUGUCAACUGAAAUCAAACUUUUAAAUUUGGAUGUAUCAGCGCUACUGGCUUAUGUCACGAAUAUGGCUAAUGGAUAUAAUAAUUACGUCUAUCGGGAGCCACUGCUCACGCAACAAGCAGAAAUGGAAAGAAAGUGUCCCAUAAAACCGAUCCUGGAGAAUUUGUUUCGAGAUAAAGAACUCGUAAUCUGUCGAACGGCGUGUAACAAUUUCAUGAGUAUCAUCGAUGUUAUCGGGGGUCCGAAGGAGACGCAGCGCGCUCAAGAAUUGUUGAAGAGGGUUCGAAUCGUUGACGAUGUGACCACCGGACGAAUCAUGGAGCUUCGCUUAGGCGGUAAAAUUAAAGAUCGAUCGCGAUUAAUUUUCGCGACAGGCGAAAGUAUGAAGAGCAUCACCGUUUCUGCCAAUGAAGGAUUCGUAAGAGCAGCGCGCAUGCAGGGCGUUGAGUGUACGGUUUUCUUACAUGAACCAAGAUCGUUGUCAGAAAUUAAAGAAGGUAAUGCAACAGUUAUAGAACAAUCUUGAUAUUAUUCAGAAUACUUAGGCAAUCACAAAGAAAAAUAUAUACUGGUACUAGGCAUUUCUAUCGUUAAUUUAUUAUAAUUUUUAUAUAUUAUAUAAAACGACAUUGACAUAAAUGUUAUUCCUCUGGGAAAAGAAGCUACUGUAUUUCAUCUUCAUUGAUUAUCCGAACGUUAGAUUUGUUAAAUUUAAACUCUAUACCUUCCUGAAAUUCUGUAAAAUAUAAAAUAAAUUGUUAUCACAAAAA